AAAUAUUCAAAAUUGACAUUGAAUGAUGUGUUAAAUUUUGAUGAUUAUUUCGUAAAGUAGAUACUUGAAAACAAUAUAUCUACAUAUAUGGCCGAGGACGAGAUGUUGGGAAUUAGUUAAUUUUUUUAGUACGGCGAUAUGUACAUUCUUCUACUACUAGCAGGAGCAUUCGUCGUACCUUUAAGGGCGGAAGAAAGUAACAGUGAUCAGCUUAAAGAACUUCUUGGAUUAAUUCAAAAUGCUGGGCCAGAACAGAAUAUUCUGGAAAAUAUCAAUCUACCUGAGAAUGUUUUCCUAAAUAUUUCGCAAUAUUUAGAAAAAUAUGGAUACCCUUUAGAGACUCAUCAAGUGGAAACUGAGGAUGGAUUUACGUUAAUUUUGCAUAGAAUUCCUGCCAGCAAAAGUAUAUCCAAAAAUAAUCCUGCAGUGUUAUUCGCGCCUCCAUUAAUGUCUUCAUCCAUCGAUUGGGUCAACCAUGGAUCUAAUUAUUCAUUAGGCCUACUGCUGUCUGAUUUAGAUUACGACAUAUGGUUACUCAAUCCAAGAGGCACCCGAUACUCAAUGACCCACAAUACGUUGAACAGUACCCAAAAAAAGUUCUGGAGCUACAGUUUCCAUGAAAAGGGUUAUUAUGAUACGGCUGUCAGUAUCGAUUAUGUACUGAAUUUAACUGGUCAGCAGAAAGUUACUGUAGUUGGAUAUUCGGAGGGUACAUCUGCCUUACUAGCCCUGGCUGCCGCUAGACCCGAAUACAAUGAAAAAAUCAAUCUUAUAGUCUUGCUAAGUCCUAUUGGUUAUAUGGGUGGAGUUACUAGUCCUAUUGCCCUUUUCCAAGUUAAAUACAUGACGGAAAUUAAGGCUUUAUUGGAAGCAGUUAAUUUCCAUGCUAUACCUUAUGCAAAAUGGGUAUCUGAAUUGCUUGUGGCUAUAUGUAGUAUUGAUGGUUCGGGAGAAACGUGUGCGGCUGCUUUGGGUCCUCUAGUAGGAUACGAUACAGAAGAGGUGGAUUUGGACUACUUGCUUAUUUUCAUUUCUGACAAGCCUAGUGGAUUAGCACUUCAAGAAUUAUACCAUUAUGGGCAGGAAAUUCUUUCAGAUUCAUUUCAACAGUACGAUUAUGGGGUAGUGGAAAAUCUGCUCCAUUAUGGAACACCUGAACCUCCCACAUAUAACGUUUCGCAAAUUACUGCUCCAGUGGCUGCAUACUAUGCGAAAAAUGAUUUCCUCGCUUCUAUAGAAGAUGUUGAGAAAUUAUUAGGAGAACUUCCGAAUAUAGCGGAUGAGUAUUUGGUGGAAAGUGAGAAAUUCAGCCAUCUCGAUUUCUUCCUGGGAAAACAUACUAGAAACGUGUUGUAUGAAAGAGUGUUAUCUGUAAUUCAGAAAUAUAAUCCUGUUUGCUUAUCCAACGCUCAAGCUAUGUACUGGGUUUUAGUUUUGUUAGGAGCAUUGAUUGCUCCACUGAACUCUUAUAAAACUGAAGAUUUUAAUGCUCAAGAAUUUAUUGCAUCUCUAAAGAGCACCACAAGCGAAAUUUUAGAUCUGUUAGAUGUUCCUGAAGAUGCGUUUCUUAAUAUUUCGCAAUAUUUGGAAAAACACGGCUAUCCAUUUGAAUCUCAUCAUGUUCUAACUGAUGAUGGAUAUAUAGUUACUCUGCACAGAAUUCCUGCAAUAACUAAUGGGUUUGGAGAGAAUAUUGAUAGAGUAAAUCCUGCUGUACUGUUUGUACCUCCAAUGUUGUGUUCAUCUAUUGAUUGGGUCAGCCGUGGUGCUAAUGAGUCGCUAGGUUUACUUUUGUCUGAUUUAGAUUAUGACGUAUGGCUGCUUAAUACGAGAGGUACCAGGUAUUCAAUGUUACACCAAAACUUAAACAUUACCGGAAAAGAAUUCUGGAACUUCAGCUUUCAUGAAAAGGGUUAUUUUGAUGUCGCAGCAAGCAUUGACUAUAUACUGAACAGUACAGGCUUGCAAAAAAUAACUGCAAUUGGAUAUUCCGAGGGAACUUCUGCAUUAUUAGCGUUAACUUCCACAAGAACCGAAUAUCUUGAAAAAUUAAAUCUUAUUUCGUUGCUCAGCCCUAUAGGAUAUAUGGGAGGAGUUACAAGUCCCAUACCUGUUUUGGCAGUCAGUUUUUUAAAUGCACUUGAGAUAUUUCAGACUCUUCCUGAUCUACUAAAAUUAUAUGGCAUCCCACAUGAAGAGUUGCUUUCUGAACUGCUUGUAAGUGUUUGUGUAGUUGCUGAUUUCGAAGAAGUAUGUCUGCAAACAUUAGGUCUACUUAUAGGAUUUGAUUCGGAUGAAAUAGCAUUGGAUUAUUUGUUGACACUAAUAUCUGAUAAGCCAAGUGGGAUUUCGUUCAAACAACUGUUUCAUUAUGGACAAGAAAUGCGUGCAGACGCUUUUCAGCAGUUUGAUUACGGAUCAAAAAACAAUAUGGCUUUUUAUGGAAGUAGUAAGCCUCCUGCUUAUAAUGUAUCUGCAAUUAAUGUUCCUGUCGCUGUUUACUAUGCAAAAAAUGACUUUUUUGCAGCACUAGAAGAAGAUCUCGUCGGAUCUGAACACGGUAAUUCAAGCGUAGCUGCAGAAUAUGGUAACAGAACAGAACCUCGAAUAUUAACACAUCCACCGAAAGGCGAGUUAUACGGAAGAGAGCAAGAUAUUGUUUUUCCUGAUUCCAUAGCAGAUAGAUCAGACAUUCUUUCUAGACUGCCGCCACCAAAGUGUGCUGAUGGUCUUGGUUUUUGUGAAGAUAUCGAAGGAUAUCCAUAUAGACAUAUAAAGAAGAUCCUUCAGGAGAGGCCGGUACUUAAGUCGCUUUUCGGCCAAGACGAGGCUCCUCCUGAAAUAGCAAAUAGACUGGGAGAUGAAGACGAAAAAUUCGUCUGUCGCUCACUGAAGAAAACUAUAUUUCCAAAAAUGGCAGAAACCAAGAGUAAUAAGUGGAAAUUUGUUAUAAAUCAGGGAGACGAAGAUGGAUUUGUUCAAGGGAUUCAAGUGGAAAUAUGCAAAAAUCCUGAUGGAGCAUGUGAUAUUCCCGGAAGCCCGUCCAUAGAUUCCAGCUACACAAUGGCAUGUCGACAGAAGUACGUUUAUCGACGAUUAUUCACUUUAGAUAAUAAAGGCGAACCUGUAUCAGAUUCCUUUAAAAUGCCAUCGGCCUGCUGCUGUGCCUACAAACAAAAUUUCGACUUUCUGUCCAGACAUGGAAAGACUGUUUCCACUACAAGUAAGAGCAGCGAAGAAGCUGAAGGCGAAUAAACUUUAUUUAUUUUGUAAAUAAUUAAAAACUGAUGAAUAGACUGAGUUUCAACUGA